UCGAAGAUAAGUGUCUCCUAAAAAAUAGUGAACAUGUUAUGGACAAAUUUUAUUUUGGUAUUACUACUACCACUGCUGUCAAGAAAUGUGCAUGCUGCGGAAUCUUACUUUGGGUAUAGCAGGAACUGGGACCUACAGCCUAACUCAGCGCCUACUGAAAUAGUCUUAGAGGAGCAACCGACUGCGACUGAGAAAGUUGAGAUACCAGUCACCAUAGAAACAGCUCCUACUUACUACGAAGAACCAAUUGCGACGGAGAAAGUUGAGAUACCAGUCGCCGUAGAAACAGAACCUGAACAAUAUUACUACGAAGAACCUAUUGCGACACCUGCAGUAGAAGUACAACCAGCUGCAACACAAGAAAAAAUUCAGCUACCAAUAGUUAUAUCUUUGUACACCAAUAAUGUGCCUUCUGCUCAAACUACCACCGUUUCUGCUCAGCCAAACUUAUCACAAAGACGCGUUUUGAUGCCUACCAGAGCGCCUGCUCCCAAGCCUGUUUAUAUAGAAGAAAAACGACCUGCAGCUACAUUGGUUGAGCCAGUUAGUACUGUCGCAGUAAAGACGCUAGCCCCAGAACCGCGGAGGGUGCCAAGACCAGUCAUUACACGGCCAACUACACCUGCUCGCACUGUAUUGGUGACUCAACCCGAACCAAAGCCACAACCUGUCGUUUUGGCUCCACAACCUGUAUCUCGUCCCUUAGUAGUGGCUCAACCUACGGCCCCAGCUAGAGUAAUCGAGCCAAAGCCAAAAUCUGUUGUUUUAGCUCCACGACCUGUACCCCGUACUUUAGCAGUCACUCGAGCUCCAACUCCAAUUAAAGUAGCCGAGCCACAGCCAAAACCAAUUGUUCUAGCUCCCAGACCUACAACUCGUCCCGUGGUAGUGGCGCAAACUACGGCCCCAGCUAGAGUAAUCGAGCCAAAGCCACAACCUGUUGUUUUAGCUCCACGACCUACACCCCGUGCCUUAGCAGUGACUCAACCUCCAAUUACAAUUGAAGUUGCCGAGCCACAGCCAGAACCAAUUGUUGUAGCUCCACAACCUGUAUCUCGUCCCUUGGUAGUGGCCCAACCUACGAUCCCAGCUAUAGUAGCCGAGCCAAAGCCACAACCUGUCGUCUUAGCUCCAAGAGCUACACCUCGUGCCAUAGCCGUGACUCAAACCCCGAUCCCAACUAGAGUAAUCGAACAAAAGCCAAGAUCAGUUGUUUUAACUCCAAGACCUGCACCUCGUCCCAUUGUCGUGACUGAAUCUCCUGUCACAGUUAUAGCUGAACCGAAGCCACGUUACGUGUCCCCACCUGUGUAUGACACAACGGAGCCAAGACAGUUAUUAGACUACCAAUGUGCAAGCGCUAAUGGCUACUACGGCAUUGCAGGAGAUUGUGACAACUAUGUGGAGUGCAGGAAAUACAUAGCAGUAAUGAACACUUGCCCCAGUGGUCUUCAUUUCAACUCCGCAGCUACUUAUCCGGACUACCCUUGCGGCUACCCUUCAGAAGUCGUAUGCGAAAGCAACGCAGUUAGACAAAUAGCUCAACCAACUGAAGAAUGCCCUGACCAAUAUGGAAUGUACCCCACGUCCGAUUGUAGCAAAUAUACAAUGUGUCAAGCAGGAGUAGCGUACAUUAUGGACUGCCCAGCAGGUUUGGUGUUCAAUGAGGCCACUAGCACCUGCGAUUGGCCUGAGAACGUGCCAGGAUGCAAGGCUGACUUGUUGGCUGAAUACACGUGUCCUGCACUAGCUCUGGAAGAAGAUGGCAGCCCUUCAGACGAAAUAACCAAAUACAGGUACAAAGACAGCUGCAAUGAGUACGUAGCGUGCCUGCAUGGGCAGCCUCGCCUGCUCAAAUGUGACGAAGGGCUGUCAUUCCACCCUGAAUCAGAGAUGUGCGUAGAUUCGGACUAUGUUGCCAAUUGCAGAUCAUAUUAAGUUAAAUAGACCGACAUAGAUAGACCACCGAAUACACCGACCAUGUGAACCAGCUUGACGGACGUUAAAGAUGCUACUUAGCUAUUUUAA